AGACGACGCAAGAUUUAUUUUAGUUUAGAAAUUAGUCAACGAUCGUAAAGGGAAUAUAGCUGUUCGGACGUGCUUUUUCGCGUCACUUAAUCGGGCCAAACUUUUAAGUACUUGCUUAUCGGAGGUCAAGAACUGAAAGAAUGACCCGUGGAAAUCAGCGAGAGUUAGCACGAGCCAAAAAUAUGAAAAAGACUGUUAAAAAGUCUGCAGCUGAACAAGACAGCAAUAAGGGUCUUUCAUUAGAACAACGAAAAGCACGAGAUGCAGAACGAAUGAGGGAGAAACAACUAAAGAAACAACAAGAGCAGCAAGAAAAAGUAAAGCAGGGUGCGAGAUAAUCCCUACUAUUGCAAAAUGUAAAUUGUUUGACUGAAUUCAAGAAUAAAAUUUUAAGUAUGGUUUUAAAAUUCUUGAUUCUAAAACAUCAAGGCUAUGCUUAAUGUGAGUGCAUAAAGAAUUCAUAGUGUUUUUAAUUAUAGAAAAUAUCUUCAGACUGUAUAAUGCAAUAUAUAUUAUAAAACUAGGUACAAGUAAUCAUGUUUGCAAAAUAUUAAUAGUCAGUGUGUAUAAAAAUAUUGUUAUCUACAUUGUAAUGGUUAAAGAAAAUGCACAUUUGACUGGUUCACCUAGA